CAAUGGCACCCGCGGGAGGCGUCAUCGUGGUCAUUGGGGCCCUGGUGGCCGCCCUGCCCCACAGCUGGGCCUUCAACAUCCACCCAGCCCCAUAUCGCAUCCUGACCCACAGCGGCGUCCGCAGCUUCGGGCACCAAGUGCUGCAGCUCAAUGGGUCCCGGCUGCUGGUCGGGGCCCCGGCACAGGGGGGGGGCAGGGGGAGGCUCUUCCAGUGCCACGUGGAGAGAGGAGGAUGCCAAGAGCUGGAGCUGGAAGGGAACAGUUCCUGCCCCCACAUGGGAAUGGCCUUGGCCAAGGACGGUGAUGGCGCCAUCGCCUGCGGCCCGGGCCUGACGCGGUCAUGUGACCGGAACGUGCUGAGCAGUGGCCUCUGUGUGCGCCUGGACCCCAACCUGCGACUGAGGCAGCUGCUGAGGCCUGGACACCAGAGCUGCCUUCAGGGCCUCGUGGAUCUCGUGUUCCUGUUCGACGGCUCCGGGAGCAUGAACCAGGAGCAGUUCGGGAGCAUCAGGGACUUCAUGCUGGAGGUGAUGGAGCAGAUGCAGAACUCAUCCAUCCACUUUGGGGCUGUGCAGUUCUCGUCCUCGGUGCAGCCUCAGUUCACUCUGGCUGAGUUUGCGGCUCAGCCGCGACCCCGAGAGCUGCUGUGGGGCCUGCGCCAGCUGGGUCACCUGACCGACACCUUCCGAGCCAUCGCCUACGUCACGAACCACAUCUUCACCCCCGCGGGGGGGGCUCGUCCCGGUGCCCGUCGGGUUCUCGUCAUCAUCACUGACGGUGACGCCACCGACGAGGACCAAGGGAGUGUGCAGGAGGCUGAGCAGAAACACAUCAUCCGCUAUGUCAUUGGGGUCGGUAACAACUUCAACAGCCCAGACACGCGCCUGUACCUGAGCCAGUUUGCGUCUCAGCCCAGCUCUGAGCACGUCCUGGUCCUAGACACCUUCCAGAAGCUUCGGGGGCUGUUCCAUGAGCUCCAGGCCAAGAUCUACAGCAUCGAGGGUACCACCGACCACAACCGGUUCCAUCUGGAGCUGAGCUCCAGCGGGAUGAGUGUGACCGUGGCUCAUGGUCGCCGUGUGACUGGGGCCGUGGGGGCUGACAACUGGGCAGGGGGACUGGUGGAACUGGAGCAGGACAUGAGGAACGAGACCUUCGUGGGCAGCCCCACACUGGAGGAGAACGUGACUGACACCUACCUGGGUUACUCUCUGACCUCCCUCCCAGUCCCUGGUCGCUCUCUAUUGGCUGCGGGUGCCCCUCGCCUGGGUCACGUGGGAGCUGUUGUCCUCUUCGAGGCCCCCCCCGCGGGGGGCGGGGCCUGGCGGGCGCUGCAGACGCUGCGGGGGGGGCAGGUCGGGUCCUACUUCGGAGCCUCCGUCUGUGGCCUGGAGCUUGGGGGGGGCUCAGCUGCUCUGCUCGUGGGGGCCCCAAACCACUUCGAUGGGCGCCGGGGGGGGAGGGUCAGGCUGUACCAAUGGCACGAGGGUGCUCUGGGUGCCCCCCAGGAUCUCUAUGGUGCCUCCGGUUUCCCCCUCGGUGCCUUCGGUUCCUCCCUGGCUGCUCUCGGGGACGUGGAUGGGGAUGAGCAUCCGGAUGCUGCAGUGGGAGCCCCAAUGGAGCUGAGCGGAGCUGGAGCCGUUUACAUCUACCGGGGGGGGCCGGGGGGGCUGCGGGUCCCGUACAGCCAGCGGCUCCAGGCUCAGGCCUCAGGGCUCAGGUUCUUCGGACAGGCUCUGGCAGCAGGAACAGACAUGGACGGGGAUGGGAGGGGAGACCUCGUGGUGGGGGCCCAGGGUCACGUGGUCGUGUUCAGGUCCCGCCCCGUGCUCUCCAUCACCCCCGUGGUGACCUUUGACCCGCAGCAGAUCCCACCCCAUUGGCUCCAUUGCGGCUCUGGGGGCGGGGCCAGCGUCAGCGUCCGGAUCUGCGUGGGUGACCUGGUGACCCCGGUGAACUUCCUGCUGGAGGCGGAGCCGCAGCGCGCGCGGGGGAGGGGCCACUUCCGGGGGGGGAGGGGCUGGUCCGGGAGGCUCCGCCCCUCGGAGGAGGCUUGUGAGGAGGAGGAGCUGAGGCUGGAGUUCGCCUCCUGCUCAACCUCUCCCUGCCCCAUAGCGACCCCCCAGGCCCCAUAUUGCGGCCCCACAGCUCCACCACCUGGAUUGAGGUCGGGGGGUUCCAUCAUGGGGCUCAGAUGUGGGUCAGGGCGGAGGGUGAUGGAGCCUGGAGUCCACCCUCCCUGCCCCACAUUUCCACCCCAUAGAUCCCCUUUGAGAAGCGCUGUGGGGCAGACCAGGUGUGCGAGGCCAACUUGGGGGUCCGGGCGCUGCCGGGGGGGGGCGGCGCUGUUGGGGGUCCCCGAAGCCGAACUCGGGGUGCGAUUGGUUGUGGGGAACACGGGUGAAGACUCCUAUGGGGCAGCCCUACAAGUGCAGCUCCCCAUGGGGCUCUCCUUCCGCCGGGCACAGGCCACACGGGCCGGAGCCCUCCUGUCCUGUGCCUGCUGGGACACUGUGGGGCAGCCGUGGGGCCUGAGCUGCAACAUCAGCCGCCCUGUGCUGGGUGCAGGCUGGGAGGUGAUGGUGGAGCUGAUGUUCCACAUAGACCCCAAGGCCUCGUGGGGGGAAUCCGUGGGGCUGAGCGCGGCCGUCAGCAGUGACAACGAGCCCCAUGGCACCAUGGGGGACAAUGUGGUGUCUUGGGAUGUCCCUGUCCGCUUCGCUCUGGACCUUGUGGUCACCUGGGACGAGGCCUCCACCCCCUACCUCAACUUCUCCUCUCGCCACCCCCAUAACAAGACGCUGCAGCAUCGCUAUAGGCUGGAGACCCUGGUGCCUCCGCCCCACGGCAGCCCCCAGCCGCUGCUGACGCCCUUCGUCCUCCUGCCCCUCGAGCUGCCCCAUAGCCUGGUGGUGUCUGACCCCAAAGUGCAAAUGGAGCCAGGUGGUGCCUGUGUUGCCGUGGGGCAGGAGAAGGAAGACGCUGUGGGGCAGGAGCUGCGGCGAAGCAUCACAGAGACCUGCUCCACCCCACACCUCCUCCUCCUCCACUGCCCCACGGUGCCUCUGCCCCACACGGGCCCCAUCCUGCUCUCCCUGCAAGCCAAAACUCAGCGCCCCCCAAGACAUCCAGGGCCCCUCCCGGCUCCGCUUCUGCUCCGCCCUCUGGGUCUCCCCUCCCCCACACUUCGAGGCCUCUCUCGGCUUCCUCCGGGCUCAGGGGCUCACGGAGCUGGAGCUGCUCCAGGACCUGGACCCGCGGCCUCUGUACGUGGGGGGAGGGGCGGGAGGUCUCCUGCUCCUGCUGCUCCUGUCCUGCGGCCUCGCCAAGCCUCCUCAUACACUGCCGUGCUCAUCACCUCGGCCACGCAAGGUCUGGCGCGCGCGGCGCUGCCGUUCGGGCUGGCGCGCCGGGAGCUGGCGUGUGAGGGUUACCCGCUGGAGCUUCGCUGUCCUGGCAGUGACGUCGUCCUCGUGGACACCGCGAACUACGGACGGACGGACGACAAGAUCUGCGACGCGGACCCGUUCCAGAUGGAGAACGUGCAGUGCUACCUGCGCGAGGCCACGCGCAUCAUGGCGGCAAGGUGCAACAACCGGACUCAAUGUGUUGUUGUCGCUGGUUCCGACGCCUUCCCCGAUCCCUGUCCUGGGACCUACAAGUACCUGGAGGUGCAGUACGACUGCGUGCCCUAUAAAGUGGAGCAAAAAGUCUUCGUCUGCCCGGGCUCCCUGCACCGCGUCGGAGCCGUCACCUCGAGCCACGAGUCCUCCCACCAGGCGGGCGCCUGGUGCCGGGACCCCCUCCAGGCGGGUGAGCGGCUCUAUGUGCUGCCCUGGCUGCCGUUCCGCACCGACACCCUGACCGAGUACGCGUCGUGGGCCGACUUCCAGGCCGGGCGCCACACCACGACCUACCGGCUGCCUCACCGCGCCGACGGCACCGGCCUCGUGGUCUACGACGGAGCUGCCUUCUACAACAAGGAGCGCACGCGGAACGUGGUCAAGUACGACCUGCGCACGCGCAUCAAGAGCGGCGAAGCCGCCGUCGGUGCCGCCAACUACCACGACACGUCCCCUUACCGCUGGGGGGGCAAGACGGACAUCGACCUGGCGGUGGACGAGGACGGGUUAUGGGUCAUCUACGCCACCGAGGCCACGGGCGGGCGCCUGGUGCUGAGCCAGCUCAACCCCUACACCCUGCGCUUCGAGGGCACCUGGGAGACCGCGUACGACAAGCGCGCGGCCUCGGACGCGUUCAUGGCCUGCGGGGUCCUGUACGUCCUGCGCACCGUGUACCUGGAGGACGACAGCGAGCGCGCCGGCAACGCGCUGGUUUACGCCUUCGACACCCGGCGCCGGCGCGGGACUGCCCUGGCCCUGCCCUUCCCCAACCCCUACCAGUUCGUGGCCUCCGUGGGCUACAACCCACGCGACAAUCAGCUCUUUGUGUGGAACAACCACUUCCUGCUGCGCUAUGCGCUGGUCUUCACACCCGCACAGACAGGCGGUGGUCCGGUGACCACCGCCCCCCCCAGCUCCGCCCCCCCCCGGGGGGGGGGGGGCUCCGGGCGCCUGUGCGAGGCCCGAGAGGUCAGGAGGGUCCAGUGGCCGUCGGCACAACAGGGGGUGGUGGUGGAGAGACCCUGUCCCAAAGGCACCCGCGGCAUCGCCUCCUUCCAGUGCCUGCUGGGGUUGGGGGUCUGGAACCCGCGCGGCCCUGACCUCAGUAACUGCACCAGCCCCUGGGUCAACCAAGUGGCACAGAAGAUCAAGAGCGGUGAGAACGCCGCCAGCAUCGCCGGUGACCUGGCGCGUCUGACCCGCGGUCCUGUGUACGCCGGAGACGUGAGCUCAGGUGUGCGGCUCCUGGAGCAGCUCCUGGACAUCCUGGACGCGCAGCUGCAGGCGCUGCGCCCGCUGGAGAGGGAGUCUGCGGGCAAGAACUACAACAAGAUGCACAAACGUGAGCGCACGUGCAAGGACUACAUCAAGGCGGUGGUGGAGGCCGUGGAUAACCUGCUGCGGCCGGAGGCGCUGCAGUCGUGGCGGGACAUGGCGGGUGCCCAACGGGCUCACACCGCGACGCUGCUGCUGGACGUGCUGGAGGAAGGAGCGUUCCUGCUGGCGGACAACGUGCGCGAGCCCGCGCGGUUCAUGGCGGCGCGGCAGAACCUGGUGCUGGAGGUGACGGUGCUGAACACCGAGGGGCAGCUCCAGGAGCUGGUGUUCCCCCAGGAGUUUGGGGGGGAAACCUUCAUCCAACUGUCGGCCAACACCCUCAAACAGAACAGCCGCAACGGGGUGGUGAAGGUCGUGUUCAUCCUCUACAACAACCUGGGGCUGUUCCUGCCCACCGAGAACGCGUCCGUGCGCCUGGGGGGGGAGGGGGGGCCCCGCGCCCCCCCCUUGGUCGUCAACUCCCAGGUCAUCGCCGCCUCCAUCAACAAGGAGUCCAGUCGUGUGUUCCUCAUGGACCCUGUCACCUUCACCCUGCCCCACCUCGAGGCCAAGAACCACUUCAACGCCAACUGCUCCUUCUGGAACUACUCGGAGCGCUCCAUGGCCGGGCACUGGUCCACGCAGGGCUGCAGGCGGCUCAGCACCAACAGCACUCACACCUCCUGCGCCUGUAGCCACCUCACCAACUUCGCGCUGCUCAUGGCGCAUCACGACAGCCACCAGGGCCGCCUGGACGCGGUGCUGCUGUCGGUGAUCUCCUGGGUGGGCAUCGUGGUGGCUCUGGUGUGUCUGGGGGUGUCAUUGGCGGCUCUGUGCUGCCUGCGGGGGCUGCCCCCCGAGCGCACGACCACCCCCAAGCAUCUCUGCGCCAGCCUCUUCCUCGCUGAGCUCGUCUUCCUCGUGGGCAUCGACAAGACCCAGUACCAGGUUGCCUGCCCCAUCUUCGCGGGGCUGCUUCACUUCCUGUUCCUGUCGUCGUUCUCGUGGCUGGGGCUGGAGGGUCUCCAGUUGUACCUGCUGGUUCCGGAGCUGCCCCCGGACCGCCCCUCCCCCCCCCCCCGACGCUGGUUUUAUGCCGUCGGUUAUUGCUUCCCUGCGGCCGUCGUGGCCCUGGCGGCUGCCGUCGACCACAGCAGCUACGGCACCGAGAGCGCGUGCUGGCUGCGCGUGGACAAUCACUUCAUCUGGAGCUUCAUCGGGCCCGUGGCCUUCGUCAUCCUCGUGACGCUGGUGCUGCUGCUGGUGACACUGCACAAAAUGCUCCGGCCCUCGGCAGCCCUGAAACCGGAUUCCAGCCGCCUGGAGAGCAUCAAGUCCUGGGCCCUGGGCGCCAUCGCGCUGCUGCUGCUCCUGGGUCUCACGUGGGCCUUCGGGCUCCUGUUCGUGACACGUGAGUCGGUGCUGACGGCGUCUCUGUUCACUGCCUGCAAUGCCCUGCAGGGGGCGUCGGUGCUGCUGCUGCACUGCGCCCUGCACCGGAAGGUGCACCGGGAGCUCAGUAAGUGUCUGCGGCACUCGGGCUGCUGCCUCCGGACCCCCCCCGGCACCGCAAUGGGUGCGCUCAAGGGCUCCGGCACCCGCAGCGGAGCGCGGUACUACAGCGGCACACAGAGCCGGAUCCGGAGGAUGUGGAAUGACACCGUACGGAAGCAGACGGAGUCCAGCUUCAUGGGGGGGGAGCUCAACAGCACCCCCAGCCUCAACCGAGGGCCGAUGGGGAACCACCUCCUGCCCAACCCGGUGCUGCCGCCGCGGGGGGGCUCCAGCCCCUACAACACCCUCAUUGGGGACCCCGGGGGCUUCCCACCGGCCUCGCCCCCCCCCCUUCACCUCACCAGGGAGCUUCCGCGACACCAAGCCCCCCGGGAGCCACCGGAGCCUCUGCCCCUCAACGGCAGCUUCAGCAACAGCUUCAGCGGGAGGGGGGGGGCUCUGCCUGGUGCUGAGCGCGCUGCGCCCCACAACCUGCGGGGGUGA